AUCCUCCUCUGCAUCUGACAGCGGCCAGUUGCAUAUUCCACAUCGAUAACCAACGGCGAAAUGAUUACUCACUUCCAUCAACGAUAUUGAUACGUUGCCCUCAGUUCAAUCUAGAAAUGCAAGUUGUGUUGUGGAUGUUGACAGUGGCUCACUUUGCCGCAACUUAUGUGGAGAAGCUCCAACCACCUGGCAUCACAGGUGUCAUUGAGCGACAGCUCCCCUCCUCCAUCGCCCACCACAUUCACCAUCGCUAGUCCAUCCUCCACAACGCCGGCUGACACGCUGCGCCGAAAUAAAAACAACAUAAAACCAUCAAUCGAGUUUAGAGCAACCCCCGAAUAUGCUCCAAACGCCGCGCCAAUAGCCGGCCCUCUCCUCACCAUAGCAUCGCCCACCCGCAAAGGGGGCGCGUACGCCAUCCGUCAUGGUCGCCGAAUCGCAAAGCAACAGCAGCAUCCGUGUCCUCGUCCAUUGGCGAGACCAGACUGUCUUUGCAGGCGAAGACGUGAAAUGCACAAUCACAUUCAAAAACGUCGCCCAGGAUGCCGAGCCCGCUACCCAACCGACGCACGAUAGAAAGAACACCGCGAGUAAUCUGGGCGGCACACCCAGAGCCAACAGAACACGAGGCACAGGCAGCCUCAACACGCCGUCGCAUCCACCUAUGUCCAACAGAGGUCAUCGACGAUCAGCUCUAUCGCUGAGCAUUCCUUCUACAAGCUCGCAGAACAGAUCUGUCCCCGUCCAGUGGCCACAGGGCAGUGGUCCCGACGGUACCCCCGGCGGCCGCCCGAGUCACAGCCACAAACGAUCGCUUUCCAUUGUAUCAAUUGGGUCCGCGGGCGGCGUGGACGAUCAUGUCACUCGACUGGAAAACUCCUCCAGCUCUUAUGUGCCUAAGCGUGGACAUAACCGCGCUUCCAGUCUACAGAUUUCGCCGCAAGCCUUUGGAACCACUACAUCCGCAUUAGGAAUCUUUGGCCCACGACACACUAGCUCGCCUCUCCACAACUCUACCAACUCAUCAGACAACUUUGCUCGCCCACCGGGUGGUGGCCCGGGAGUUCUACCGAACCGUCGCCGCUCGCCGCGUGCAUCCCCGAGCUCUAUACCCGAAUUCCGUUUCCCAGCCGCAGUGGCAUCUCCCAAUGAAAGACCAGCACAAUCGCAAACACCACAAUCCUUGCUGAGCCCGACACUUCGACCCGAUGACGCUUUAGGCUUGGCGAUCCGCCAGAACCCUCACGAACGCUCUGCCCCUGUCGCGCGUAUUCUCUCGAGUUCUGGUCUUCCUGGAGGCACUCCAAGAAGCAGCGGUGAAUUCUACGCCAUGAGCAACAAUUCCACAGAAACCUUGGCCUCUGAAUACGUUGCCCAACCAAACACGGCCCGCAACAGUCGACCAGCCCACCUGCGACGAGCAUCUGUCGUGCCGCCCAAGUCCAGAGCUCCAGAGUCGUUAAUGAUGGGCUACGCACAAAUCCAGGGAUCGUUCACUUUAGAUGGCUCUCUUGUCAGCCUUGGCCAGUUCGACCAAGUCAAGAAGAAGGCGGUGGUGGGUGGCAAAGGUGGUGGUGUUAUAGGCCUAGAGUCUGGCAAACGAGAAAGUGGCAUUCUGAAAAGCUUUGGCUGGGGAAGUAUCAGUAACUCUCUUGGCGAUCUGCUAGGCAGUAACGAACUCAGCUCUAUCAAGGAGCUCCGAGGUGCAGCAAACUCCAAGUCGGUGCCGCUGCUGAGCACACCGCAGUCUAUUCUCUUUGUCGACUUGCAGCUUGCUCCGGGACAAAGCCGAUCUUAUGAAUAUACUUUUCGCUUACCACGUGGAUUGCCUCCAACUCACAAAGGCAAGGUCAUGAAGAUAUCAUACAGCUUAAUUAUUGGUACGCAGCGGGCUGGCGGAGCAAAAGAGCAGCAGGUUCGAUCCGUAGAAGUUCCCUUCCGGGUCCUUGGCAGCGUCAAUAGUCGCGGUGAUAUUCUGGGCCACGACUUGAUGAGCCCCUACAUCUUACUCCGCGAUGAGGCAACUGUUGCAGCCAUCAGCAAGGGCCACAAGUACCAGAGAAGCGAAAUCGACAAGACCAAGCCGGCCACCAUGAACGACUUUAUGCGCUAUGUAGACGAGCUUAUUGCACAACAAAAGGAGGACCGCGCAGGCAACCUUUUGUCGCCCUCCUCAGUACCAGGCACUCGUCGACCGUCUGCAUUUGAGGAAGUAACGUCGGCCAAGGAGGCUAUUCAUUUCGCUGUUAUGAGAAGCAAUCUGGCUAGCGAGGGCCAAAGCCAAAAUCGCUUUGAGAUUGCUCGCAAUGGACAGCGUGUCGGCGUUGUCAUGCUCCCUCGACCAGCUUACCGCCUGGGUGAAGUCGUCACCAUGGUCAUUGACUUUGCCAAAGCCGAGAUUCCUUGCUUUGCGGUGCAUGCGACACUGGAGACGUCAGAGAAGGUUGACCCGUCGCUGGCCAUUCGAUCCGAGUCGAGUAUCCAGAGAGUCACACGCAAAGUGUAUGCUGCUUCCUCCGAGGUGACCAUGUAUUCGAGACGAGUGGUGUUUACCCCCACGAUACCCAUCAAUGCCACACCCGAAUUCGUGACGAGCAGCGUCAGCUUCGACUGGAAAAUCCGCGUCGAAUUUGUCGUACCAGCGCAGCCAGGCACCGAUCUCGACAACGCAAAGCCCUCCUACCCGCUCCUUGAACAGCUAUCGCAGGACGAAAAGGGUGGUCUGGUUCUCGUGGCUGUCGAGAAUCUGGCCUGCGAAAGUUUUGAUGUUUCUGUGCCUAUUCGCGUAUACGGCGCUGUUGGUCGAGGUCUGGAGAGGUUGGAGCGCGACGAAGCCGCCGAUGAAGGCCUGCCGGUAUAAUCUGCCACGACCAUGUUUCGAGAUAAUUAUGUAUAUAGUUGGAAUUAUUUAGGCUCUUUAAUGAAAAGAAAAAAGUCUUUUUGCCCUAAG